GGACCUGCGGGACCUACAUAGACAAAUCAUCUCGUUCAUUGCAUCCCUUCGCCUGUUCCUCGUGACCCCGCAUUGAUUCAAGUUUGAUAGAUGCUAUUCCCAAAACCUUGAUUUCGCGCAGACGACACACGCGCGAUUUCGCGCGACUCUUGACCAGCUCCAUAUCUGCCACACUUGCAAGGACCCUCUGUGUCUAGUUACGUGCCUGAAAGACGCAUGGCGCGCUAGACGAAGCUUCUCUCAAACAUGUCUGAUGAGCUCGAUCUAGAUGCUUUGCUAAAUGAGCAUAUCCCUUUAGCUCAACCUGCAGCACCGUCUUUGGAUGACCUCGUUCAGGCUUGGGUGUCCGAACGAACGGCCCCAGAGCUGCUACCGUACGAACAAAGGCUCAUUGAUCAUAUAGCCGACCUGCUUCGCAAGCAGAUUGAGCAUGUUGAGGAGACGAGCGGCAUGGACGCACGCACAGGCUUCAAGCUUGUGAUCAUACAAACCGAAAUGGAGCGCGUCAAAUACCUCAUCCGGUCCUAUCUACGUGCACGGAUAGCCAAGAUCGACCGUUACGCGUUGCACAUACUCAAGUCACCAGAACAGCUAGCGCGGCUGUCUCACCUUGAGCGUCAAUACCUACAAAAGCACCAAGCCGUCCUCGAGCGGCAUUUCCAUACGGCAUUCUUGCGAGACUUGCCAGAUAAUGGUAAUCUGCGUCGGUUGGACGAUACAACUGCUGCAGGUGUUUCUAUGGUUACUGCACCAGACCUCAAGCAGGCCGUCUUUUGUCGAGUGCUCAAGGAGAGCAAUCAGGUCCGCGUGGGUGCAGAAAAGGAGGAUUUGGAAGAGGGCAGUACCGUGCUGCUGCGGUAUGAAAGUAUCAAGGGUUUGAUUCUCGACGGUAGCGUUGCCUUGAUGUAAAAGAUUGGCAAAUAGAGACCUGGGGCUGCCUUGGGUAAGACCUGUACAGAGCAUAUAGCAUGUCUAAGCAUGAGCAUCAAAUCAUUGCAAAGUAACUUUUGCCGCGUAGGACUUGGAAGGCCACCACCACGCUUUCUUCAAAAGUCUUUUUGCUCAAGCUAUUGACUCCAGCUCCUUGACACUGUCUUAGCUCU